AUGGAUAAGCAAAACUUGCACUUGAAUCAUUUCUUUCUGGAUAAAAACAAUAAAUCAAAUACAUUUUGGGACAAAGAUUUUAGAAAAUUGAUUUAAAAUGAAAGUAAUUUCACACUAAACAACGAUAAUUGCAUUUGCCUAUAUAAAAAGGGAAAAUAUUUCAAUAAAUUCAUUCCCAGAUACUACACAAUCUAAGGAACUUAUUUGUUUUAUGGAGAUAAAGUAUUAUAAGAAGAUAUAUAAUCCUAUAGGACUUAAAAGGAUUUAGAAAGUUAGAAAAUGUGUAUAUGUCAUCUUCAAUUGAGAAGACUUCCUGUCCGUAUUAAAUUUAACUUAUGCAUAAUCACAAUUAGAUUACCUUAUAUUCAAAUUCUGAAUAGGACUUCACUUAUAUUAAGUUAAAGUUGGAGUAAUUCUGCAUCUUAAUAGGAUUUCACAAUCAGUACACUAUCAUCAAUCAGAUAGGUUUCGGAUCCACUGCUCAGGUAAUAUAUAAUAUAUUGAAGGUCUUUAUCUCUAAAUCUUUAAACGAUGGUUCUCAUUAUGCAAUAAAAAGAAUUCGAAAAAAUUCAAAGCUGAAUCCUCAAUUUCUGAUGGAAGAAAUCUAAGUAAUGAACGAUCUUUCCCAUCCGAAUAUAAUAAAGCUACAUCGAGUGUUCGAAACUAACAGUAUUUAUAGAUGAUAACUGCAUCUUAGGACAUAUAAAUAUGGUGUUACAACUUGUGGAAGGAGGAGAAUUACUGAAAAAUUAAAGGUAUAGUAUUAGGGAUGCAAGAAUCAUUUUUAAAUAGUUGGCAGAGUGUGUAGAUUAUAUGCAUCAGAAAGGUGUAAUGCAUAGGGACUUAAAACCUUAGAACAUCUUAUGCAAGACUAAUUCAUUAGAUAUAGUAUUGGCAGAUUUCGGUCUUGCCACAUACAUUAGAGCAAAGUCUUACAUUUAUUAUCGAUGUGGUACUACUGGCUAUGUAGCUCCAGAAAUAUUACAAUAUAAGGAAGGUACUAAGAUGUACACAGAGAAGUGUGAUAUUUUUAGUCUUGGAGUCAUUUUAUAUCAAUUGUAAAUCUUAUUGUCAUAUCUUGUUAGAGUAUAUAAUUAGCAUCCAUUCAAGGAUGUUUAAAAGGAAAAGAUGCUUAAGAAUAACUUGCUUGUUGAAUAUAAAUUUGAUGAUUCCAUUAAAAUUCCACAAAGUUGUAAAGAUCUCAUUUCCCUCAUGUUGAAACAAAAUCCAAAAUAGAGGCCAUCUGCUUCUGAAAUCCUCAAACAUGAAUUCUUUGAUGAAUAGAUAUUUGAACAUUAAAAUCAAACCAUAAUUUUAUAAGAACCAUAGUAUAAAAUUAUAAUUAUCUUUAGAUCUGAUUAAAAACGUUCUGGACCUUCAUUGAGUAGUUAUAAUGUCGAUAUGAAAUUCUCAACUCUCAAUAAUGGAUUUAAAUUAUUCGAAGAUGAAGUUGAUAAUGAUGAAGAACAAUAGAAUGGUGAUUUCGUAGAGACAUCUCCUCUUUGGUCUAAAAGAAUUGAACUGCAACGAUGCCAAUCCUACCGCUCAUAGGCCAGUUCUAUUAUUAUUUAAAGAUAACAAUCUUAAGAUUUUAAGACAAAAAAAUUAUCAAUAUUCAGAUCAGAAUUAAAAUAAUAGUCUCUCUAAGUUCUGCAACCCCAAAUGGAUAAACCAAUUUAUGAAUCUCAGGAUUUCCAUUAAACCCCAUAUAUUUCAUAAAAUAAUAUGCUUUUGGUUCAUAAAAAAUAAUAUUAUUGA